UUUGCCGUAAACUUGUCGUUGGGGCGUAAAAUACCGUGAAGCCCGGCCGGCUGGGCCUGCGGGCGGUGAGAGUGACCGGGCCCGGCUCCCCCGCACUUAUAUGCCCCGUCCCCUGGCGGCCGCCUCCCCCUCCUGCUCCAUGUGGGGCCCGGGCCUCGGUGUCUCCCCCGCCUACUAUGGCCAGGAAAACAGUUAGCAGGAAGCGGAAAGCGGCGGCUGCCACUGCGGCGGCGCCCGGAGGGCUCCGGGGGGAGCAGUAUGGCUGGGAUCACUCAGCUCACAAAAGGAAAAGACUCCCCCCAGUAAAAAAGUCUCUGGUGUACUAUCUGAAAGGCAGAGAGGUUCGGCUGCAGAAUGAAUCCAGCUACCACCGUUUGUUGCAUGGAUAUGCAGCACAGCAACUUCCCAGUCUCCUGAAAGAGAGAGAAUUUCAUCUUGGGACCCUUAAUAAAGUUUUUGCGUCUCAAUGGUUGAACCACCGACAAGUGGUGUGUGGGACAAAAUGCAACACACUGUUUGUGGUAGAUGUCCAGACUGGUCAAAUUACGAAGAUUCCUAUUCUGAAAGACCGAGAACCUGAUAUGGUAAACCAGCAGGGCUGUGGGAUUCAUGCAAUUGAGCUAAACCCUUCGAGGACGCUUUUGGCUACAGGAGGAGACAAUCCAAAUAGCCUUGCGAUUUAUCGUCUGCCUACGCUUGAUCCCGUCUGUGUGGGAGAUGAUGGACACAAAGACUGGAUAUUUUCUAUUGCCUGGAUCAGUGAUACUAUGGCUGUUUCUGGUUCCCGGGAUGGCUCGAUGGGUCUCUGGGAGGUGACGGAGGAUGUGUUGACUAAAAGCGAUGCCAGGCACAACCUCUCUCGAGUCCCUGUCUAUGCUCACAUAACACACAGGGCACUGAAGGAUAUCCCCAAGGAGAACACCAAUCCAGACAACUGUAAAGUCCGAGCACUGGCAUUCAACAAUAAGAACAAGGAGCUAGGAGCUGUGUCCCUGGAUGGGUACUUUCAUCUUUGGAAAGCAGAGCACACGCUAUCAAAGCUACUGUCCACCAAGUUGCCGUACUGCAGGGAGAAUGUGUGUCUGGCCUAUGGUCAGGAGUGGUCAGUGUAUGCAGUAGGAUCUCAGGCACAUGUCUCCUUUCUGGAUCCAAGGCAACCUUCCCACAAUGUUAAAUCCGUCUGUUCCAGAGAACGAGGCAGUGGAAUUCGGUCAGUGAGCUUUUAUGAGCACAUUAUAACAGUGGGAACAGGGCAGGGUUCCUUGUUGUUUUAUGACAUCCGAGCCCAAAGGUUCCUGGAUGAGAAGCCCAAUCACACCUGCCGUGGACAAAAACAGAAACUCGGAGGAAGUGAAAUUUUAAAGCUGACGACCGGGAAAGGCUGGCUUAAUCAUGAUGAAACCUGGAGGAAUUACUUUUCUGACAUUAACUUCUUCGCAAAUGCUGUUUACACCCACUGCUACGACUCGUCUGGAACGAAACUCUUUGUGGCAGGAGGUCCCCUUCCAUCAGGACUCCACGGGAAUUACGCUGGUCUCUGGAGCUAAUGAGAACUCUUCCCAAAUGCGCAUCUUGACACUGAUUUCCACCUUGUCUUUCCUUUUUUAACAAAGAAAUUGUGUGAUGACAUUGUUUUCUGGUUUAAAUGCAAGUUAUUUUUGGCAGAGUUUUCUGUUGGUCUUCAACAGUUUUGUACAUCUUUUUUUUUUUUUUUUUUUGAACCAGAUUUUGCUUUAACUUCCUUGAUCCUUUAUAUGAAGGGUUUUUUAAAAAUCCCUUUUUAUUGUAUUUACUCCAAGUGACUCUUCCCUGUAUAGGCUAACUCAGCCAUAUGCCCCCUACUUUGCUGUGAGGUAGGAUUCCUUUCUUAUAGAGUGGUUGCUGCCAGGCUUUCUGUGAAAGUCCAGGGGCUGUGUGUAUGCAGGUACUUUGUGUCGGUUACGUUACUUGGAGUGAGGACUACUUGUAAUUAAAACUAUUAAAAAUAUUUAUGAGAUAAGCUACUACUUUAUUUGCAGAGCCUGGCUCAGGCCUGGCUUUUUUUUUUUUUAAAGUACAAGUCUAAUGACACUGUAUGCAUAAAGGAAAAUGUAUCAAAACCAUACUCAUUGGAACCCAGGAACAGAGCACCACCAGGAACAUCUUAUCUAGCCCAGAGUGUAGCAAGGACCCCCAAGCCUGGCAUCCCAACAGUGCCUGAGUACAAUGACUGUCUCUUGUUACCCCUUCUCUCUCUAUCCUGAGUGUCAGUUGGCAAGGUUGUUGGAGCUUCAGAGUAGGCUGCCUAUACUGCAGCGGGGGUAUUGUGUGACAUGACAGCUGUUAGGAUGGUUGACUGCAGCCGAUUGGGGCACUAAGGGAAAUGGCAUCCCAGGAGGAGACGGAUUUGUAUGGUGGCUAACCUAAUUCAAUCUGAUUAACUUCCAGACUAGCUGGGGCUGGAUGGCAGGGAGGAGCCAGGACUCGGAUACCUGGAGUCUGCCUAAAGACACACACCUCUUCCAGGCUGGAGACUCCCCCCCCCACCCUCCCCUUGUAGCAUUUCCCCUCUUGCAGUUCUCGCACCAGCAGUGAGUAAUGUUGGCAGGAAUGGUUUUUGCUAGCCAGUCAUUGCUAUUAAAGUUGAUGGCCAGGGAGAUGUUAUGCUAAUAUGUUCAUAUUUUUUUCCCUCCUGACCUUUGGAAGGAGGGUGGUAUAUGCAGUUGUUUGAUGCUAUUAGCAAAUACAGUUGUCUUCCUCUUUAAUGACUGUAGGCUUCAUUUUCUAAUGCAGGUUUGAAACUUACCAGGUAGCUAGACUUCGUGUUCAGCUCAUCAUGUUAAGAAAAGCACAGGCUGUCACUUGGAUUUUAUAGGAGAGACUCUCCUCCCUCCUCCCCCCCCCCCCCACAAGCACCUAGCUUAUUGUUCAGUCCUGCUUUGGACUUCACCAGGAGCUGUGGGUGCAGGAUGACAGUCUGGAUACGCUUCGCGAACAAAAUACAGGCUCAGUCAUGGAGGGAUUGUGCAUUUCUGGUGAGAAGAGAUGGUCUUGUGGCUAAAGCACAGGGUUAAGCAUUGGACUCCUUGUUUCUCUUCCUGGCUGUAGCUGCUGUUGCCCUGUCACUUCAUGUCUCUGUGCCUCACUGUGCAGAUCUGUAAUACGAGGUUAAUAGCACACAUGGCACCUGAGGUUUAAUUUCUAACUUGAGAUUAUCAGACAAGACAUGAUAGAAGUGCAGGCUUUCCCCCCACAUUCUGAUUGCAUGUCAGGGUUAAGGAAAGGGUUGUCCCAUAUGCACACUGGGAUUUGAAGUAUAGGCCUGACUUGAUCACUUUGCAAACCAAGAAAUUUUACUACUGCAUUCCAAACUUCCGCUAGUGGGUUGGUUGCUUAAAAUCUGCAUCAAAGCAAAAAUUGAAAAAUAAAUAUGGUUUUAUUACGCUGUUUCCAAGUAGUAAGCUGUUAAAUUAUAGGGCUGUAAAUGAAGUAGUUCUCUCAGAACUUCCGUUGUUAAACGAAUGUAAAGAUUCUAAAUAUUUUUUUAUACUGUCACCAGUCACAGUUCCAUGAUGGGAACAUGUUGCUUUUGGGGUUUCUUUUAUGAAUGUUUGGCAGGGCAGAGAUGUAGCAUUUCACUCUGCUCAGAAAUAUGCAAAGGAAAAUAUUUAUUUAAUCUACAUGAAAUAUGGUAACACUUCAUCUCUGUGAAGGAGUAGUCUUAAAUCCUGUCUAAGAUCAUUCUCUCUUCUACUGAUAUGUUCUGCAUUCUGUUGGGGUGUGUUUUAUUCCCAGGCAGGUCCUGUUGUUCGGGGUCAGAUUUGCAAAGGCACUGAGCACUCGGCUCCAGCUGACAUCUCUGAGAGCAGAGCUCAGCUGUGUUAAAGUUGAGUCCACAAUGUUUAGUAACAUUUUAAAUACAUUUUUUUUAAUGCUGAAGGAAGCCUUUUGGUCUUGAAUCUAACUCCCUUUAUAGUUAAUCUUGUUAAUUUAAAACUCAUUUGUUUGUAGCUUUGAGUCUUUGGGGAAAUUGUUCUCUCCAGGUGAUUUUAAGCAUUGUCCAAUGUAGAUGUGUUGGUGUUAAGGGAACAUCAAUUUAAAAUUAGUCAGUUUCGUUGUGAGGGGAGGGGGACGUGGAGAUGAUGUAGUUUCAAGUACUGCAUUUGCUCCUGAGCCUUCUGCCAGUGUGGUGUUGUCCUAUUGGUGACUGUUUCCUGUUUUGGGGGGGAACUUUUGCCCUUGCAUGGAAAGCCCACACAAACAAGGUAAAUGGAAUAUACAUCCAGUGCUGUCCAAUGCAAAAAGAAAACUGGGAAAUACUUUUAUCUUAGUAAUCGUGUGUUGCUUUUAACAGUAAUAGAUUAUAAAGUUUCAGACCAGUGUUUUAAGUAGCUGUCCCUUGAAGAUGGGAUGCCUUACUGUGAUGUGAUCCUGAGUAUCCAAAGUCAAAUAUUUCUUUUGAUCCAUUGAGCAGUUAUGGAAACAGAGACUGGGAGGGGAAGUGACUUGCCAAAUGUCUCACGGUAAAUCAGAAGUAGAAACAGGAAAAGAACCUAGGUUUCCUGAUUUCUAGUCUCUGCCUGUUCCAUUGCACUAUGCUGCCUCGGCCACACAGUUUUAGAUUUAAAAUUGAAAUACCAGAACAUGGUGGGGGGGAUAGUAGCACGUGGGGAUCCAAAUAUGGGUCACUGGUUUGCUGGUACAGCAGUGGGGAGGCUGAGAGCCCAGCCACAGAAGUGGGUGUGAAGGCAAAGCUCCCAUCUCUCAAGCAACAAUAGAGAAACCCUAUUGGGGGUGAAUCUGGCCUGACUAGAUUUCGAUAGCUUUAAAAUAGGGUACGGAAACCCAGUGGUGGUCUCACUUUGUUUGUAGACUAGCAAUUUUUCCAAGUGCUCAAAGUCAGAUAUCUUAGCAACUUUUUUUUUUCUUCCUCCCUCAGAGUUGCUUUGAGGGAAAAUAAGGUUCUUAAGGAUCAUUCAGACAGACCAGCAUUUUUCUGAUAUUUGACAUUAUAUUAACAUGGUAUCCUAUUUGCAUUGUAAUGUCUCAAGCAGUUUAUUUGAUCAUCCAGCACUUUUUGUAAGGCUGCUAUACAAAGCAUGGCAUCCUUGAAGCAUCAUAUGCAUUUGUUCUAAUGUGGCAGAUUAAUAAUUUAACAGUGAUGGACCCAAUAGCAGCGAACUCAUGAGUACUGAGUGGCAACUCUACAGCAACUAGCCAGUGUGCUCAUGAUAAGAGAGAACCCAUUUCCAUUUCUUUUUCCUAAACUGUCCAACUUUUUCCACCAUCAAGUUCAGUGUUAUUCCCCAGGCCAUUUUUCUAUUAACCCCUCCAACCUUAGUCCAUCAUCUCACAGUCUGUCCUGCCAGCCAAGGAAGCUUGACACAGCUCUUUGCAGCAUUGCUCUGAGGGAGCUAGAGGCCACGUUAGACCAAGCAGCCUCCUGUUAGAGGCUGAGCGUGUUACCACCCCAGCUCAGGAGAGCCACAGACCAGGCACAACUUUCACUGAGAUUCAUAGUUUGUGUUAAUCCUCGGCGAGUUCCAGUGGUCCCAAAGAGAGUAUAUUUCUAAGCUAUUUAAAAAACCCACUUAAGACUGGUCUAAUUCAACACCCAUUGAGGUCAAUGCAAAAAUACAUUAUUCUAAUAAUCCUUGACUGACAGUUUUCAUACCUUCAGGAGUGAGUCACUUCCAUCUAAACCUUGCUCCCUGAGGUGCUGCUCUUGCGAGAAGUUUGUAGCUGCAAAGUCCCAGAGAAGACGUGUAUUUUUCGGACACUCAUCUUUGCAGUGGUAUCAAAGAAGCUCUGAGAGUGACUCAUCUCAAAUUAGCAAAGAGUCCUGUGGCACCUUAUAGACUAACAGACGACGAAGUGGGGAUUCACCCACAAAAGCUCAUGCUCCAAAACGUCUGUUAGUCUAUAAGGUGCCACAGGACUCUUUGCUGCUUUUACAGAUCCAGACUAACACAGCUCCCCCUCUGAUACUUCAUCUCAAAUUGAAUCUCCAUCUGACAAUGUUGCAUCUGUUGGCAAAAGUAACUGCAGGGCUUCCUAAAACAGAAAGAUCAAUUUAUUUUUUUUCAGAUUGUCGUGGAUUUUACAGCAGUUCGUGAAGUGUUGGUUUCACUGUGGCAUUGGUGAUCAGUUGCAUCGCUCCCAUGCCCUAAUCUUAGGGCAGAGUGGGGGAGAGGGGAAAGUAUUCACACUCUGCUCUAGGGGCAGUUUGUGCAUGCUGUUCUCCUGGGUCUGCAAUUAGCAUCAGCAGCAUAGGGGCAGGCAGGAGUGUGCACAGAAAGGAGGGCAGGUUUGGUGUUCCUCUCAGAACCACCCAGAACUUCUAUUUAAAGGAGAAACUUGCUUUUUAGUUUAAAAAAACCAAAAAACUUAGGUUGAUAUUGGCCCUUUAUGUGGAAUCUAUUCUGGUUGUUUUUCAUGUGCUUGAAUUUAUUGCUUGGGAAUUAGGUAAUCCUUGUAGCUUCAUCUGUGCUGGGUCUCCUCAUCAAAAUUGGAUACUUAAAAAUCCUGUAUUAGAUACUUAAAAAAAAAAAAGUGUUUUUUCAAGAGUUGUCUGAGUGGAACCUGGUCUGUUUUGUCCCUAGACUCCAGAGGCCUUCAGAAGCCAUUUUUCAACCACCUCUCUUCUAGCUGCAUGCUGGGACCUGUAGUUCCUGCAGGCCAUUCAUAGGUAAAACAAAAGUGCUGUGGCUGGCUGAGUUGUAGGCUGCAUCUGACCAUCUGGGUAAACGGUAUUGACCGUAUACAAAUUGCCACAGUAAUGGACUGAAAUAAAAUAUGGGGCUAUGUAAAACACUUGGAGACAUGUACAGUAUCCUGUCUGUACCCCCUUCAAACACUGAUUCUCUGGUCUCAAAACUAAUAUCUUGGAGAUAGCGCAUGAUUUUUAGAAUCCGCUUUUCUAUAGAUUUCCUUAAUUAGAAGGGAAAUUUCAGGUGCUGAAUCUUAAAUCUCAUUAAACUUGUACUUUUUUGUUUACCUGCUCACCUGGUUUCCUCUCCUGUUAUGGCCUCCUGCAGUCUCAGGGUAUAUAAAUCACUAUGAUUCAUCCAAAUAAUGAAAAGGACCAAUCAGAGGUUAACGUGCCUUUCUCUUACGGUACCUUGAUCUUUGCAAAGUUAUCUGGCGGAAACUCAUCAUUGUCUUUUUCUAAGAUGUUAACAGUGAAGUUGCAACAAGUUUGUAUUGUUAGUUGUGACUUUUUUUUUUCAUUUGACAUUCAAGAAUAUGGGAUAGACACAAAUCAAAUGCACUGAUUUUUGUCUUAGGAUGAGUCCUUGUACAGACAUCAGUGCUUACAUGUUUGGUAAUAUGUACAUAAGAUGCUGGAUCUUCCCCACUUGCCUAUGAUGUAUGUGUCAAUAUAUAUGAUGCACAAACUACACAGGGUGUUUAAAAUAUGUGGGGAUCACAACUUGUGACUUGGGGUUAGGAUGUCUUAAAGUGAAUUGUAGUUCUUUUAAAAUGUUUUUCCACGUAGACUACACUUCAUAGACUUAAACAUCCAGUGCAUUGAAAAUAUCAUGACUUCUGUCACUUGCCUGUGUCCGUUUUAAAUUCAGGACCCAAUGUUUCUUUGGCAUAUGUUGCUAUUGUGUGCAUGCAUGCACAGAAAAUUUUUCGGUAUAGUUUAUAGCGUCAACUAUUUUGAUACAGUGCAGAAUCUUGAACUUGCGCGUAAGCAGUUAAGCAAAGGGAGUAGAGGUUUUUCAAAUGUUCUGUAGUUCAUGUGUUUAACUUGAGGGCUAAAUGUUUAAAACUGUCCAUGCAAUUUGCAAAUUAAACAAUGGAAACUUGCAGAUUGCAUGCAGAAACCAACUGAUUUGUAUAUGCAGCUCAGUGUCUAGAAAGUUAUCCCGUAAACAGCUGUUCUUCUCUGAAAAGUGACUUCAAAAAGAAAAAGGCUUUGUGGGGUUGGUUCUGUUUCUCAGUGACUUCCAAUGUGCUGAAUUUGAAUACAAAAAUUACUUUUCUAACUGCCCUGCAAAUUCAAUAUGAUCUGAAGUUCAAGCUGGGUUUCUUCUCAAGUAUCACCAAUCCUACUGCCUUCAGUGAGCUUGUAAAUGUGCUAAAGUUCCAAUCAGUGACUCAAUAUUCCUCUGGCUCAGUAGAAUUUGAUUCAGUCACUCCCUUUUUUCUGUUAGCCCUACAAAGCCAACACAACUGUGUCAAUGUAUGGUCAUUAGUCUCUGGAUAUAAUGUGCACAUACCUAAAACAGAGUAACCUAGAGAUCUUAUCUUAUUUAAUGUAGCAUUUGGCCCUACUUACCCUCAUUAGAUCCUACUGAGCAGAUCUAAUCUGACUUGUUUGUAAUCUUUAAUGGUUUAACUUUUUUCUCCAUUCUUUCCAGUUCACCUUUAAGAAUAAAUUCCAAGUUUUUGUCUGGUCUGAGAAAAUUCAAAUAGCUUGUACUGAAAGUUGUACAAAAAUACUGGUGGCCCCUGGGUAGAAAGACCACUCUGUGCUCUGUCGUAAACCUGUUGCUACCUACCUGCAUAUGAAAUGACAAUUCCUGCUUUUUUGGUAACCUCUACAGAAGCUGAAAUUCUAACAUCCAGAUUUCAUAACGCAGUGGUCAGUAAGGUGGGAAGUGAUGGCCCACUGCCUGCAAUCUGAGCAGCAGGGGAACAGCUAACAAUAUUGUCAUUCCACUUCAGAGUCAACACCCCAUUGGAGUACUGGGGGGCUACAUCACACUUCCAGGCCGAUUACUGGUUCCUUCUGGUUACAGCACAGGGCUUUCUUCACAACUGUAAUGGCUAGAAUUACUUUAUAUAUUUAAAAAAGGCAGUUUCCUGCAGUAAUUAAUGGGGGGAGACACUGCUGCUGGACCGUAUGGUUAAGUGGCAGACACGUAUUGCACAGUUUGUCCAAGGGGAAUUCCACAGGCCUGUUACUUUAGAAGACAAGCAGCUAUUUUAAUACACUUGAACAAUGGAGGCCUAGGGGUUCGGCUGCAGAUCUUCAUCAUCCCUUAUCUGACAGUCGAUUACAACGCCUGGAGCUUGCCUGUGGAAACAGCUGGUCUUCUAUCUUCAGAGAUGCCGUGUGAAGAUAGUGCAGGGAAGCACCCGUUUCUUCAUUGAUUGUCAUCAACCUGCCACCCACCCCUUCCUCCCCAGGCUCCUACUGCACUCGAGCUUUCCAGGAUUUUUCCUGACUUAGGAAACGGCUUCAUUUCUGGGGUGCUGAGGGGCAGCACUCUUUCCACUGCUGGCAGGCCAUAGUGAAGAGGGCCCUUGUUUGUGGCUUCCCCCUCUUGGAUCUACCUAUUGAUCCCGCAUUACCUGUGGGUGCAGGGGAUGUAGAAUUCCAGUUUGGACUUGCUGCUUCCCCAGGUUUCACAGAAAGCAGCAGGCACUGAUCCCCUUGCUCCAUUUUCCUGCUCACAAAACAGCCUGCAGCAGGCUCUGUCCCUCUGUUCUUCUACAAGCUUUGUCUCCAUCAUUCAGCCUUUUGUCCCAGUCACUCUUCUGUGGACUCCAGCGUGUUCCAUCCUGGCUUGCUAACUUGGGCUCCUGUUCAGCAAAUCACCGGGGCAUAUGCUUACGUCCUGCUGAAGCUGAUGAGACUUAAGCACCUACUUCAAGCCCUUAUGUACUUUGCUGGAUCACAACUUCUACAGUUUGAUUCCCUCCUUUCUCUUCCUCUCUCUUACCCAGCCCUGGAUAUUUCCCUAAAUUGGUCUCCUCUGAUCUGGAGGGCUGUGCUCCCCACUCAUUCCUGCUCUGUAAACCAAUUAAUUCCUGCACUGCUGGCUAUCGAAAUCUGGUUGUUUUUACUUUCCACCUUCUUGUUCUGGGGAUCACUGCACAUGUACAAUCUCUACUGAUUCCCACCCUCAGCUCUCCUGACAUGCUUUUGGGACCUACCCUGUGAGGCAUUGAGGUUACUUGUUUCCAUUGUGUGCAGAAGAAAACAAGCUGUGGGGGAGGCAGGCUUUGUAUGCAGAGAACUGGAAAGGUACCUCUAGUUCAAGUAGAUGAGGGAGCAGUUUAAAAUCAUCUUAAUGGAAUAAGAACAGAGUUCCUGACUUUUGUUUUUAAAUCACUUCCACUGGAGGUUCAUGUCUCAGAUUCCAAAUUCAUUGAAUGUUGCAAUGUACAUCAAGGUUUUUUUUGAUCAAUGCAAAAUGUGCCUCUUGGAUUUCCUUAAGUAUAAUGUAAAGGUCAGCCUGUUUCACUUUGUGUCUUCAAUGCAAGGAGUUUAACUGAAGACUGAUUUUAAUAUGUGAUUCCUGCUAUUCAAUGCUAACAUCCAUAGAGCAAUCCUCGCGGGUCUUUCUUGAGCAGCAUGCAGUGCUCGCUCUCUGUUUGAAUGCGAAAAAGGGGAUAUCAAUAACAAAUGGAAUCUGCUGGGCUUUCCUUGUGUUAAGGAGAUGGUUUAAGUUAAGGUUCCAUGUGUUUUUAUUAAUUUUAAACCCACUGCAGUUACUCUACAGAUCCAGCACCACUUUCUUUCUCUACUUUAAUGUGGGAUCGCAAAAAUGAGUUCAGCAACAUGUGAUCCCAGCUGGCUUGCUUGCUUUUUUUUUUUUUUUUUUUUUGGAGGGAUGAGGUGUUUUUUCUUGUGUGGAAGAAUUCAAACUGGCUGCAAAGAUUUGGUGACUGUCCCAUGUCAGCUUCCUAAAUGCAGUUGAGUGUUUUGGACUUCUCCUCAGAAUGGAAGAGGAGAGCCGGUGAAGUUGGGCUGUUAACUGUGACUGCUUUAGGUCAUCAGUGUGUUGCCUGAUCAUAUGGACAGCAUAAUGAAGUUUGGUUUGCAAGUUGACUUCCUUGUAUGGAUCAAGGAACAAAACUCUUAAUUCCUGGUUUGGGGAGAUUUGUUAGUUGAUUCAUUUCCAAAUCAAAUCGAGAUGUUAAUUUUCAAUCUCACAUUAACCGGGUUACUGUGUCCACAUGCCAGAAAGAUGUUGCUCUUGGAAAAAGCAUGUUAGUGUAUGUGGCAAUGACCAAUGCACUUUUUAAUACAUAGAUCUGUAUGUUCUCAUCUGAGUGUUAACCAUUCUGUAGUCUGACAAAUGGAUCUUUUACUACUGCCCUGUUAUAUAGAAUAAUUGUAACUAACUGCAGUUUGUUUUUUCCACUACUUGAAGUUGUGUGAACUGAAAUUGGUGAACAAAAGUAUUUGUGCAUCUUAAUAUGGAUAUCUCUAAAUAAAAUGUAUUUGUAUAGUG